AUGAGUCUUCAUAUUCGGCUUCAAUCGGUAGAUGUUUGUAUCCCUAAUCCUUGUAAGAAUCAAGGAAUUUGCACAAAGGAUGGCGUCGAUCAAUAUCAUUGCAUCUGCCCGGCGGGCUUUUUACCUCCUAAUUGUGUAAACAAGACUGUUGAUCCUUGCGUCCCUAAUCCAUGUCUAAACAGAGCAACUUGUCAGGCGUCACAAGAUAAAAAGAGAUUUACCUGCAACUGCAGAGGAAGUUUUAAGCCUCCUCUUUGUGCAUGUGACUGUCCAAAAGGAGAUCCUUUGUGGGUUCCUCCCAUUCUCGCUCAACAGUGCAAAGAAGAUGGAGAGUGUUACUGCCCAAGUUACAACGGUAAAACGCACUCUAAGACAGAGAGAGGCUGCGUAGAGUCAAGACAGGAUCCCUGCGAUAGUAAUCCGUGUCAAAAUGGUGGUGUGUGUUCUGCUAACCCUGACAAUUUGUCCUUCACUUGUCAAUGUCCUGAGCCAUGCACGGGAGAUCGCUGUCAAAAUUGUAACAUUGACGAGAUUUGUACUCCUGGAUAUUGCAAGAACGGUGGAACCUGUAUAGUUGUGGGAACGAAGCCUUUCUGCAAGUGUCCUCCAAGUUACCUUCCCCCUCUAUGCCUGAUGCACGUUAACACAACAGAUAACCGAAGUCUUUGUCAUCCCAACCCAUGCCAAAAUGGUGGAAAAUGCAGGCAAGUGAGACCGAACAGCCUUGAAUGUAGCUGCUCCAAGCAGUACCAUGGAAGAUACUGUGAGCGUGACAAGUGCAUGGAUUGUGAUGUCCAUGCCAUAUGCUACAAUGGCCGUUGUAAAUGCAGACCGGGCUACAAAGGAGGUGGAUUUCAUGGAGAUUGUAAACCAGUGUCUUUCUGUAACACCUGUCCGCUAAACGCCGUCUGUGUUGGCGGAGAAUGCGCUUGUAUCGCGGGAUUUUACUUUAUUGAUAACACUUGUCAGAAAAUAGUUGGAGACUAA